AUGGAACCACCUCCUGAAGCAAGAGAACCCCCAGAGCUAUGCCAUUCUCCAACAUCAGAGUUACCAAAGAUUGAAGAACCUCAAGUUGCUUCUGAAAACCCACAGGGUGAGGACCUUGUGGAGUGUCAAGGGGUUGAGGAUCCCCAAGGUUCCCUUGAAGACCCAAUGAAGACUGCAAACGAGGUUUGCUUAAAUAGCUCCCAGGGACCCCCUGUAGAAAGUAUAAGUGACAGCUGCCAGCAGCCGCCUGAUAAUAAGCCCACUGCAGAUGAUUCAAGCAGUGCACAAAGUCCACAACAACCCCCUGAAGAACUGGAGACUGCGAGCGUUGCAGAAGCUACCGAUAAUUUGCAACGACUUCCAGAUAUUGUUGAUGUUACAAUAAAUAUUGAUAACCGAAUAAAUGAAACGGAUAACUCAACAAGCCAACCUGAAGAUAUUGUGACUAAUUAUCUUUUGGAAAAAAAAGAUUCCUCUAAACCCCCUGACGUUAUGGUAUGUAGUAACGAAAUGACACAACCCGUGGACACCGGAAACGAAAUUGAAAAGACAGCAAACGAACAGAAUUCAUCUGAAACUACACAACAGGAUUCAGAAAAUAACCCUGAUAAUAUUACGGACGUCCAAGUGGCGACGAGAUCGAACAUCCAACCAGAAAUAUGUACAGCCACUGCAUCAAAAAGAAAAAAAAAGCGGUCAAAGGACCAAAGACCAACUAGCACAAGAAAGAAGGAACCAUCAACGCGGGCGAAAAUUGCUAGUAUCAUUAAAGCCUGGAAGAAAGGGCAGAGAAGACGCCGAGCCAGGGAACGGAUGACUAAGAGUUUAGUCCGAAAAAUGUUGGGGCCCGGUUUUUGGAGAGAAGUGACGGCAACGGAUCUGUCAGAGGCGAGUGCGUCUGCGGCGCGACGUACAGCACCGACAUCUACGAUAACAAGACCUCAUCCUUCUCCUACUCUUGAUGCGCCUUUCUACCCGCGGAUGAGUUCAGCAUCACCAGUUUAUGAACCCUUCGAUUAUUCACAAGCACACUGUAGCACAUCUAUGCCACCGUACACAGAAAUAUCAAAUGAACCACUCUGUUUAAUAGCUUCAACAUCAAGAAAUAUGGAAAGAGCUAGUAGCUCAUCUACAAUGACUGCUCUAAGACCAGGCUCUGUGAGCGAGGUGAUAGUUUUAGAUGAUGACUCAUCGGAUUCAGAAAAAUAUACGCCAAAUAUAGAGGGAACAAUGAAAUAUACGCCACCGCAUGAAAUGGCAGAAGAGACGAAGAAAGAAGGCAAAGCAAAAGAUAAACGAAAGGCCCCUGUAAAUCAAAAUGACCUACAACAAGAGCUUGAAAGGAACAAAAAGCUGCGAGAUAUCGUGGAUAAGGAAAUGGAACCCCAUCUACAUACGCCGGUGCAGACGCUCGGUGCAGCUGGUAUAUGCGGCAUUUUUACCACUCCCCUACCUUCUCUGAUGGAAGAGGAUGGUUGA